UCCGGACGGGGGAUGGGGGGUGGCGGUGGCCGCCGCCGCCGCCGAGGAGAGGCGCGGGCUGAGGGAGGGCGCGGAGGAGCCGCUGCCGCAGCGCCCAGAGCCGGCGCGGCGGCACCGCCAUUCGGCGGCAGAGCUCCCUCGUGCAGCUGGACACCGUGUCUGUGCCACCUCCACAGAGCAGCUGAUCAUGCUGUGCUCUGGAGUGGCAAGAGCUCAGAAGACAUUUCCUGGCAUUUAAACGCCCCUCCUGUUUGGUAGGGGGUGCCUCUUGCUGGAUAUCAUAGGUCAGUGUACUUGGCAGAUAAAGGGAGAGGAUGGCAGGCAAUAACCAGCUUUGCAUUCGACGUUGGACUACCAAGAACGUGGCCAAGUGGCUGAAGGAAGAAGGCUUCUGUGAAUAUGUGGAUGUUUUGUGCAACAGACACAGGCUAGAUGGAAUUACACUGCUGACUCUUACUGAGUAUGAUUUACGAUCCCCUCCUCUGGAAAUCAAAAUCCUGGGGGACAUCAAGAGGCUAAUGUUGUCCAUACGCAAACUGCAGAAGCAGCAUAUUGAUGUCCUGGAAGAGCUGGGUUACACCAGUGACGGUCACGCUGGCACAGUGUGCCCAGUUGGGUCACUGCAGGGGGCAGAUUGGUUUUGUAAUGGUGAAGUACCUCGGGACUAUGAUGGACCAAUUACUGACUUGAAUGGUGAUCAGUAUCAAUAUGCAAAUGGAAAAAACAAACAUGCCACACGAAGACUGGACCCAGAGUAUUGGAAGACAGUUUUAAGUUGUGUGUAUGUGUUCAUAGUGUUUGGCUUUACAUCAUUUGUUAUGGUGAUAGUACACGAGCGAGUACCUGACAUGCAAACAUAUCCACCUCUGCCAGACAUAUUUCUAGAUAGCGUCCCCAGGAUACCAUGGGCUUUUGCUAUGACUGAAGUAUGUGGUGUAAUUCUUUGCUACAUUUGGCUCUUGGUUCUUCUGCUUCACAAACACAGAUCUAUACUUCUGCGCAGGCUGUGCAGCCUCAUGGGGACAGUAUUUCUAUUACGUUGCAUUACAAUGUUUGUUACCUCACUCUCGGUGCCAGGCCAGCACUUGCAGUGUACUGGAAAGUUGUAUGGCAAUGUUUGGGCAAAACUCCAGCGGGCAUUUGCAAUAUGGAGUGGCUUUGGAAUGACUCUGACUGGAGUACACACGUGUGGAGAUUAUAUGUUCAGUGGUCACACUGUCGUCCUGACCAUGCUCAACUUCUUUGUCACAGAAUAUACGCCAAGGAGCUGGAACUUCUUGCACACCUUGUCCUGGGUCCUGAAUCUCUUUGGAAUCUUCUUCAUUUUGGCUGCACAUGAACAUUAUUCUAUAGAUGUCUUCAUUGCCUUUUACAUCACUACAAGACUCUUUUUGUAUUACCAUACGUUGGCUAAUACUAGAGCAUAUCAACAGAGUAGGAGAGCAAGGAUAUGGUUUCCAAUGUUUUCUUUUUUUGAAUGCAAUGUUAAUGGUACUGUUCCCAAUGAGUAUUGCUGGCCCUUUUCAAAACCUACUAUACUAAAAAGAUUAAUUGGUUGAAGACUAUGGGGGUCACUUCAGAUUUUUAUGAAGCAUUAUGACUAAGAUCCUAAAAGGCUAGCUAUAAGGAGGAGGUCAAGUAACAUUUUUCAUUCUGUGCUCUCCUCCUUGCCUUGUUUCUUAGAUUCUUAGCCAUAAAAUGGGGUUCCCAUACUUUACAGGGAUGUGUUUUGUUUUCUCUUUGUGAAAAAAGAAAACAAUGCAGGGAUGGGUAAAGGCUAUCAGUGAAGCAUGAAUAUAAACCAGAAUACUGCUACCCUUGGUAAGGUUCUGUGUGAAUGUUUAUGGAACAUUAACAUCAAAUAUGUUUUUGUAUUGAAUAUAAUACACCCUUUACAGGUCCAGAUCAUCUCUGUUACCCGAGUGCCAGCCUUUACAUAUACUGAUGAAAAAAUUAGAACUUUGUGAAGCCUUUCUUUUAAAACAGUCAUAAAUGUAAUUUUCAAAACAAACUGUGUAUAUUUAAAGAUUGAAGAGGUCUGCGUCGUAAUGAAGAAAGCAGUAUAGCUCCUUGCUGAGAGGGUCUCUUAACUGUUAAAUUACAGGUCUUGACAGUAUAAAUGGUCUGCAUACAGGUUGCCAAAAAUGAAAGUCUGCCUUAUGGCUGUGCAGUGAUGAUAAUUUUUUCAUGAGAACUUAUUUAGUCUAGUCUGUCAGUUGUCUAUAUGGUUGUUCUAGCACUUGAAAGUUUUCUCUUUUGUGUUUAAAUGAGUUAAAGUAAGUGGAACAUCCACUGAAAGUAAACUUAGCUUUAGUGAGUUUUAAAGCCACAAAGUAACUUUUGUGUGGUCUUAAUUGCUUUAUACCCAAACCCAUGCAUGCUUUUCAGGAGCAGUUCUUUAACAUUGGAAAAACAGAACAGUUGUCUUUGUGUAUCUUACUGUCCUGCAAAUGGAUGGGAAAAAUGCAUGUAGUAACUCUUUCAGGAAUAGUAAUAAUAGUGAGUGUUGGAAAUAGUGCUCAUGUUGAUGUAUGUUUUAGCACUCUGGUGUCAACAAUAUGGUGAAUAUCUCUGGAUAUAUAUAUAUGCACAGGAUGUUAGUUUAUAUAUAUAAACACACACAGUGUAUGUUUUUCUAACAACUAUGAAAACUAAUGUUCUUAAAUUAAGUUGCUUAUUUACUACACUGAAAGAUAAAAGUACCAUAAACAGUUGAGUUUUGCUUGUUGAAAAAAACCAAACCACAACCCACAACAAAACAUCCCCAAAAACCUCAAACCAGCAUUCCAAGUCCAUGAUGCAUAAGCAAGGAUUGGUGAUCUCUUAGGCAGUGGAUUGUAAGGGGACAAUACUAAUGUUGUCUGUAGAGACUUGAAAUUGGAUUUGUGCUAAAUCAAAACUGAUAGAUAGAGGGUACAAAAUGAAAAAAAAUGGUAUAGACCUUUUAAUUUGAUUAUUGCAAUUUCAGAAUAGGUAAGAUGUGCAAAAGGAAGUGUAAGUCAGCUUUAGAAAGUUACACAAAGCAUUUUUCCAUCUUGGUACAAGCUGACUUAAUGGGCACAAUGUACUUGUGUGUGCACAGAAAUGAAUCCAUUUGGAGUUUGCAAGGUUUCGUGUUUGGAGGCUUGUAACCUACUGUGGGCUACUCCUUGCUGUGCUGUGUUCCUUUUAUAAACCUUGAUUGUACGAGCUUGACUACCUUACACUCUUCGUAAUACAUUACUUUUGUAACUUAAUUUAGCUCCUAUUCCGCAGAGGAAUUAUACAGCUUGGAAUAUCUCUGCCAACUCUGUUGAGCACAUGUACACUGUACUAUUCCAGAGGUUUUUAUAUUUGUAUCAUUCCAAUUUUUAAGCAAAAUUGCAGGUUUAAUACUAUAUUGUUCAAUCUACCAUAGCCUGAUGGCUUUUGCCAUCCAAAUUAGGGGAGUAUGCUUACACUAACAAAAAAAGGAGAAAAUAUUCUGGAAGAUUUCAAGACUUGCCAUUUGCUGCUCUUAACUUUCUGAUUUCAGAAAGGCAAUUUGAACAUUCCUCUUGAGACUUUAUAAUGAAAGAGCUCUAUUUGUUAAUUUAUAUUUGCCUUUGCAAUGCACACAGUUAUGAAUGCUGUUUUUCUAAACUCUAGGAAGCAUCUGUUCUCAGGAUGUGAGGGAUUGUAAUCUGAAUUAUAUGGAGAGGUAUGCAAUUCAACUUGCAAAGCUGUUGAUUCUCAAAGUAACCCUUUGAGUAGUAACUGGCAUAACUGCAUCUAAACUGAAAUACUAUUUUACAACUUAGAUAUGCAGGAGAAUUUUCAAGUACAGCCCAGUGUAACAAUGUUUACAUAAACUAAAGCUAUCAUUUCAAUAUUAUUAUUUUUUGUAAUGAAGUUCAUAUACUUUGAAACGUAAAGAUUCUUUGUUCUUAUUUAAUUUUUCAAAUUCUGUUAAGUAAAUUGCUUUAAAUCAGUCUUGCUUAUAAUUUUUUUUUAAAGAAGCUUGUUCUUUUGUGCUGUUUCCCUUGAUGCUAGGUGUCUAAGUCCAGGAUAAGAAUAUAAAAAGGUUGGUUUUGGUAGCAUUGGAGUGGGUUAAAACAUUGUCAGGAUAAUUGUCCUCUGCUGUUUUGGAAGUUCGUUUUGUCUGUCUGUAAACAUGCAAGAGGAAAGCUUGAAAUUGAUAGAAGACAGAAAAAUCUGAUCUUGCUUGCAAAAGAGCACAGGUCAGUCUGUAAAGCUGGGAAUGUAAGCUUUAUUGUUAAUUAGAUGGAAACAAGUUGCAAGUAACUGAUAGCCUUAACAUUUUGUACUGCCUUUUGAAAGAGUCAGUGCUUUAAAAGCAUUUUGCUGCUUCUGUUGCUGACAAGCACUUUUAAGUAAAGACAGCAGAGCAGCAUUGGGCCUUGGAUUUAAUGCUUGGUAUGUUCAGGGAUGUCUUCCUGUAUGUUCACACAGCAGUCUUUUUGCUCUCCUUUAACAGGUUGCACCUCUUUUGUGCUAAGUUGUCUCUGUGGUCUGUGUGAGUGCCCACAUAAUCUGAAUUCGGAGUAAUGAAUGAAUUGCUGUGUAAUGCCAGCAAGUGCAAGUGUCUUAACAACAUUAGUACUACAAAGUGCACAGACGAAUCAAGUUGCAAAGUCUGAAAUUAAUAACCGUAUAUACAAAAGAAGGGGAGGGUCACUUUUUUUUGCUAGCUUAGCAAUUUUAGUAAUAUUUGAGACUUGGCAAUAGGGUUGAGCUCUUCCUUAUUACUUUGGGGAUCUGUACGCACAUACCUGCAAGUGAUAAACACACAGGCUCUUCCCCCAUCCCUUUUCUUUGUUUUUUUUGUACCUUAUGAUACAGUUUCUUAUAAUAGCUUUCUUUGCCUUUAGUUUUUAACUUUUGAAAGGUCCCUUAAGUGGGUUAUGAAUUACACCUACACAGAAUUAGACCUUCAUAGAUGUGUUUUUUAACACAUUCUGAUUACACUGACAAAAACUUAGGAAAGGAUCUUUAGGCAAGGUUCCUCCAAUUCAGCUUGAACAAUGCUAUAGAAAGCUUCCAUAUAGGCAGAUAAUCUUCAUGUCCUGUGGCAAACAUGACAACACUUACACAAAGUGUCAGUACAGAAAUGUAGAUAGGCCUGAAGUAUUUAAAUGUCCAAGACUAGCAAGAGUUGGAACUCAGAAAUGCACUGCUUGACGUGUAUGCUUAACUUCAAGCAAAUUACUAAAUAGUCUUGACUUCAGUGAGUGUUAACAUUUUAGUUUAAACAUUUUUUUUGGAUAACGCCAGGUGCAUACUGUGUGUGGUAUACUGCUACAGUAAUGGGAAUAGGUAAUGUCACUUUAUUUUUGGUUUUCUCUGAUGUCUCCCCCUCCAUCUACUGUAGAAAAAACAUUCCAAUAGAAUUUCAAAGAAAUUGCUACUUAACUGGGUUCUGAGAGAAGAAAUCUGUAAAAAACCAAAAUACUCUACAUAAAACCUUGAUAGUUACCUGCUUUAAGAAGCAAGGUUAAAUAGUUAAAUGAUUGGGGAAAAAAGUUAUUUUUGAUGCAAGCCUGUUAAAUAAGGUCAUUUAAAAUUACUGAAACCCUCCAAAGAGGAUAAAAACAGAGGUUCCUAUAAUCUUCUUUCAUGUACAGCUGUGUCUCAUGUAGUGCCAAAAAGUUUAAGAGGAAAGAGUUGAACUCAGACACCAGUACACACCUUUUGCAGCAAUUAAUGCCUCCUUGUUUUUUAACCACUGCUUGCAUGCUUAGUGAUAUACUUGUCCAUUAUUAUUUAGCUCGUUUUCUGCUGUAUGAAAGCCCACUUGGUUUUCAAGCAUCAGUCAUGGAAAAAAACCCCAAACAGUAGGUUUUAUGGACCUGGAGUGUAACAAAAAUAACUUAAACCAACUAGGACAGUUUUUCAUCCUGUCCAUGUUGUUCCUACUGCAGAGUUAGGGAGAAUUUGCAGUAAUCUACAGACAAUACUGAUUUUUUUUUUUUAAUAACCUAAGGUACCUUUAAAAAAAUCUGACCUGUAACUGAAAAAACCACCACAGUCUUGUCAAGAUGGAAGUAUACUUGACAGAAGUCCUAGCAGUGAGACAGCUUACCCUCUGAAUUAUUUUGUGCAUAUAGACUUAACAAUAAGGGUUAAUUGAUAGACCACUGAUUUAUAAAAUUACUAUUUCUGAUCUAUCAAGUUGACAAGUCCACCUUGUCACUAUCCUAAUUGAAACAGUAUUCCUGGGGGAAAAAAGUCCUUUAGAGUGAAUCUACUGAUGUCUUGUUCAUUAUAUGAAGAAAAACAGCAAAAAACCCCUCACAGCUCCUCAAACGCUACGGUAUUGUGAACACUGAACCUUCCACGUAGCAGUAUCCUGCAAACUUACCUGUUGUAUCCUAAGAAAUUUGCAGUGAGUAUUAUGUACAUAAUUCAGUGACAUGCACAUUUUAAAAGCCAAUUUCUAAUAGAUGUGUAAGAAGUUAAGGUGAUAAAUGUGGAGCACAACAACCUGACUGUGUAGUUAGAAAGACUAACUGUAACUUAGUUUUGCUCUUCCAAUUCAGUUUUGUCAAAAAAGGAGAAAUUUUGUCAAGUUUGAGAAACCACAAACUGCAUUGUACAUGGUACUUAACAUAAUAAGGACGUCGAAGGCUUUUCACACUGAAGUUACUUCAGUUUUGUUCUGAGAAAAUAGUGUUAUCUAAUGGCUGGAAAGUAUGCCAGUGAAGUUUAGAGUACUGUAAAUAAGUAAAUAUUAUUUUGAUUCUAAACUCAGAUUGAAUUAAUAUAUUGUUUUAUAUCUUUGUUGUGUUAAACAUAUUUAAAAACACUAAAAUAAAAUAUUUGAAAGAUGA